AUGAGCACCCAGGCUCUACAGCGGCGAGCACAGAAGAAACGCCAAAGAGAUGCAAAAGCUGCAGAGGAAGGAGAGGGAAAAGCAACGAAGAAGCAGGGCACAGCAGCAGCAGAGUUGCUGCCACUCGUAUACGAGUGUGUUGAUCGUGUGGCUCGGGUGAUGGUGCAGCACGCGACCUUCUCAGCUGUCAGUCAGAAGCUUUCAUCCAUCUGCGCCGACGUCUACGUCUCCUUUCUCCUCAACUUUCCCAUGACGCAGCGACUGCAACAAAGACGCGUCUUCUUUCUUUUUCAGCAGCAAAAAUUCUCUGAUGUCUACGGAAGACGGGCGGCCAUUGCAGCACUUCACAAAGUGGUGGUGGGUUGGAAAGCUCGGCGGUUCCCAGCAGAGCUGUUCAUGGAGCGAUACGGAAAGGUGGCGCUGCUGACGUGCUGCUCAACGCUAGCAACAGAAACAGACCAAACGGCGCAUGCGCUGCUGCAGCAAGUCGUGCGAGAAGUGCUGCAGCUCGUUGAAGUUGCAGAUGAUCCCGUUUUACGUCUGCAAGACCAGCUGAAGACUGUCGCCAAGUACGCACAGCCAUCAAAUAUUUCGCUUCUAAUAUUUUAUUUAUAA